AUGCCUGAGUCUAUCGCUAGUCGACUUUUCCGGGGUACUCGAGCCAUCCUCAAGUACCGGAAGGAGCGCGGUAUCCUUGUGAACAACAUCCGCUCCUAUAUCGCCACUUUGCGCCAGAUGCCCGAGGGCAACUACCUCGUUGAGAUCGCCCUCAACGUCCAGUCCCUGAAGAUUCAGGCCGACAAGGUGAAGUGGGAUUCCCAGGCACUCGCUGUUGAUGCCGCCGACAUGAAAUAUGUCACCUCCCAGGGCGUCUCCUACUUCGCCCACACUGUCCCCCAGAUCUGCGACGAGGUCGGCCGUGAUACACGUCGGAUGGCUGAGACCCUCCAUGACCACAUCCACCGACCUAUUGCCAACACUGAGCAUAUGAUCGCACUCUACCUGGAGCAUGCACUGGCUAACCUGGAACACAUCUAG